UCUCAAGAUGGAUCUAUUGCUCAUCUGGUCUAUAUUACUCUUUUAUCUGAAUGUGCAGGUGAACUGUGACCCUCACCUGUCAAAACAAGAUCAGGUCCUGCUGUCUGCUGAGGAAAAUCCAAAGUGCUUCACCAGAAAUUUAGUUGACUUCACCUGCUUCUGGGAGGCACUUGUGGGAACAUCAUAUGAUUUUAUCUAUAUAACAGAUGAAGGAGAGAGCAGGUGUAACAUAAGUCAGCAGGACAGCGAGGACAGCAAAGUCCUCCAUGUUUGCUCUUUCCCACCCACGGAUGUGUACUUAUUCACCAUAACAUAUGUCAAAGUGAUUGACAUACACACCACCAACAUCUAUGACUGCGCUAUCAGCAUAGAGGAGCAUGUUCUGCUGUAUCCUCCUUCAAAUAUAUCUUUUAACCUUACUGGGGAGGCAGGGCAAAUGUUACUUAUGUGGUCAGCACCAAAAGAACCAAAAGCAUUGCAUAAUCAAAUAGAGUAUGAGAUGCAUUACUCCUAUAGGACCUCACAAGGCCUGCUUACAUGGGUGAUGGAUAAUUCCUGCUGUAGUUGUCAUAAACUGCUCUCCCUGCAUCCAUGAGAGAAGUGCACUGUGAAGAUGAGGCUUAAGCCUAGUAAGUCCGUAGCUUUCGAUGGACACUGGAGUGAUUGGUCACCUGCAAUUACAGCUAUGGUACCUCAGCCGGCAGAUAGCAUUGAACUACAGUGCCAUACUCCUGACCUGCAUCAAAUCCAGUGUACAUGGAAUGAGGAACUGUAUGGUAAUGGAAAUUACAACCUCCAUUACAGACAGACUAACAGAAAUAUUUGGGAGAGUUGGAACAUUUGUGGCAAAGCCAGUGUCUCUGCUAUUCAGUGCGUUUUCUACGGAGAUGAAUCCACCAUCUUUAAGGUUUAUCUCAGAGUCGGUUUUGAGCCCCUCAGCCGAACGUUUUACAAGGACAUAGCCUGGAUGAACAAGAGCAUCAAGACAGAGGCUCCAGGAGGGCUGCAGGAGAAGAUUGAUGGAGGAAGGCUUUGUCUGAGGUGGAGCUGCCCUCUUCCACUCAUAUCCCAGCACCUAAUGUAUGAGGUCCGAUACCAGCUCCAAGGAGAGACUGGAUGGAAGGAUUUCACAAUGAGGAAUGCCAAGACUAAUACUUGUUUGGAUAUACAAACAGGUAGCCAGUAUGCCAUCCAAGUUAAAGCUAUGCCCAAUGGAUUAUUUUACAGGGGGCAGUGGAGUCUCUGGUCCAAACCUCUCAUGGUACAAUUGCCACCAAACACAGGGUCGCUGUUCUUUGCAUGUGUCCUGAUAAGCUUGCUCCUUUCCAUUGUGUUCUUCUCCUCCUUCACCAUAUAUAUCAGUAAGCUCAAGCAGUUCCUGUGGCCUCCAGUCCCAAACCUUAAUGAAGUGCUGGAAAACUUCCUGAAAGACAUCAAUGAGCAAAACUGGGAGCCCAAGUUCAGCGUCAAGAUGUGUGAUGACACACCUGCCACAGUGGUAGAGGUCAUGUCUGAAAGUGAGAGUCAGCUCAUGAGGAAACCAUCCAGGGCAUCAAACUGUCCUCUCUUGAUGCCACAAGCCUCCAUGGCUGCGGACAGCAUCGGCGAGUAUUCUCAGGAUGGUUUGGAGGUGAGCCGGGAGUAUGUGACUCUUAACACCAAUGUUCUCCCUUGCUUGACUGGAAACGACUAUGUGUACAGUAUGAAUGCAUCACCUGACCUGGUUGGGGAGAGACUGUGCUGUUGCUCGUCCAGCUGUUCUACAACCUUCUCAGCAUCCACCACCAGCAUCCUUAACCACUCCUAUCUGCAAUCUGAGUUUGGAAGAGUCAACCCUCCAGCCUGCCACUACACCAAUCUAGAGAACACUGAAACAGCUAGGGUGAAGUCAAAAAAAGAACAAGAACAAAAAUGA